UUCCAAUGGCAAUAUUGUUGGAGUUGAAGAAAGACCGGAGCUGGAAGAGAAAAGGAUAAAAAAAAACCAGACAACGUUUUAACUUAACCUUUAAAAUACCGCACGCAUUUAAAUAUUUAUCUAAUAAUAUACAGUAGAUAUAUUAUUAGAUAAAUAAUAAAAAUGCCGCUUUCAUGUCGAUUUUAUAAACAAAAAUAUCCGGAAGUCGAAGAUGUGGUUAUGGUCAAUGUCCGGAGUAUCGCCGAAAUGGGUGCUUAUGUCCACUUGUUGGAGUAUAAGAACAUUGAAGGCAUGAUCUUGUUGUCUGAGUUGUCCAGGAGACGUAUCAGAUCCAUCAACAAGCUCAUCAGGGUAGGAAAGACUGAACCCGUUGUUGUUAUUCGUGUUGAUAAAGAAAAAGGUUAUAUUGAUUUGAGUAAACGUCGGGUAUCAACUGAAGAUGUUGAAAAAUGUACUGAACGUUACGCCAAAGCUAAGGCUGUAAACUCAAUCUUGAGACAUGUAGCAGAAUUAUUGCACUAUGAUAGUGAUGAACAACUUGAAGAAUUGUACCAGAAAACUGCUUGGCAUUUUGAAGAAAAGUACAGGAAACAAAAAGCUUCUGCUUACGACUUUUUCAAGCAGGCUGUAUUGGAUCCAUCCAUUCUCGCAGAAUGCGGGCUGGACGAGAACACUAAAACGGUGCUGCUGAAUAACAUAAAGCGUAAGCUAACAUCGCAAGCUGUUAAAAUCCGCGCGGAUGUUGAAGUCGCCUGUUAUGGAUAUGAAGGAAUUGAUGCUGUGAAAGCAGCUUUGAAAGCUGGACUCGCGUUAUCCACUGAAGAGCUUCCGAUUAAGAUAAAUUUGAUCGCACCACCUCUGUAUGUCAUGACGACAUCGACACCCGAGAAAUCUGAUGGUCUCAAGGCGCUAAAUGACGCUAUUGAAGUCAUCAAAGAUAAAAUAACGACUCUCGGUGGUGUAUUUAAUGUUCAAAUGGCUCCUAAGGUCGUUACGGCGACAGAUGAAGCAGAAUUGAUGAGACAAAUGGAACGAGCUGAAAUGGAAAACGCAGAGAUUGCUGGUGACGACGAUGAAGAAGACGUCGAAGGCAUGGGUGACUUCAGUGGCGGAGAGGAAGGAGAAGAAGGGGAGAAUAAUAAAGAUCAAGAUGAUUCGCAAGAUGAAGAUUGAAAGCAGCCAAUUUAAAUAAUUUGUGUAAAAGCUAUUUAGAUUGAAUCGACACUUCCGUUUAAAAUUAUCAAACUUUAUACAACAACAACAACAACAACAACAAUAAUAAAAAUAAUUAUUGUAAUUUUACUAUUAUUACGAGUAAUUGAGUAAUUUUGUAAGGAGUUUAUUAAUAAAUCGUAAUAAUUAAA